AUGAGUGAUAUCAAAAAAAACAAGCUUAAGAACGAGGAAUAUAAGAUUUGGAAGAAGUCAAUCCCACUUCUAUAUAAUCAUAUUUCCAGUUUUAAGCCUAAAUUCGAUACUCGAUUCGAUGAUAUUUUGAAAUUUGAUAAAAGAUUCACCUUCACAAAUAAGAUUAUUCCGGAUAAGGAAAAGGGUCUACUUUCAACAAGUGCUCUGUAUUCCCAAGGUAGUGAUAUCUACGAAAUCGAUUGUGCUCUACCACUAGGAGCGUUUUACAAGAGCUCUGAAGAAACUGGAAAAGAACAGCUACCUGAUCCAGACUAUGGCGAUGCCUUUCGCCAGGUUGAAAAAACCUCAUUGAAAAGCACAUGGAACUUUCCAGGUGAAAAUAUUAUCAAAAUGGAUUAUACGGGUGGACCUCAGCGUGAUAGUUGUUUGCUUGCAAUGUCAUCGAAUGGAUCUUUAGCAUGGUUUAAGAAAGAUGUUAAAGUUCCUGUCCAUAUCAUGCAAGAGAUAAUGGGACCCGGAACAAGUUUUUCGAGUAUACAUUCCUCUAGAAACUCAAAUUCUUUAACCAUAUCAGAUUUUGCGCUAUCUGAUGACUUGGAAACACUCGUCAAAUGUCAAUCUACGGUAGGUGAAGAGGAAAGCAUACUUAAGAUCGCAGAUAAUUCAGGAAAGCCGGGGGAAGUUCUGCGCAAGAUCAACGUGCCCGCUACUGUUACACAUUCCGUAAGAUUUUUCGAUAAUCAUUUAUUUGCAACAUGCUCUGAUGAUAAUGUGACCAGAUUUUGGGAUACUAGAACGAAUGAUAAGGCGUUAUGGACUUUACAGGAUCCAAAUCAUGGUAAGAUUCUUUCCUUUGAUGUUUCAAAAGUGCUAGACACGCUUUUUGCAACUGGUUCUGAUACCGGAAUCGUCAAAGUGUGGGAUGUUCGUGCUGUUGCAGCAGCUACAGAAGACUUCACCAAUAGACAAAACGGCCAAGAUCCUAUCCAGAAGGAAUUGAUUAGCCUAUAUCAUUCUGGCGGUGAUGACGUUGUUGAUCUUCAAUUUUCACCAACAUCUUCAUCAGAAUUUUUAACUGUAGGAGGAUCAGGGAACAUUUAUCAUUGGGAUAUGGAAUAUUUUUUCUCCGAGUUUGACGAUGAUAAUGCUGAUGUUGACGAUUUAGAUUUAGCAACAGUUGAAGCUUUGCAAAAGCAAUGCUUGAGAUUUUUACACACAGGUGGUAGUAGAAGAUCAAUAGGUGCAAAAGGAAAAAGAAACACGGUUGCUUGGCAUCCGGUCAUUGACAGUCUUGUAGGGACUGUUGAUACUGAUAGUCUAAUUACGGUUUAUAAACCAUUUUCUGGUAGGGAACAAGAUGAUGAUAAUGAUGAAAUUGAAGGUAAAGAUGAGGCUCAGGAAAAGGAUGCGGAAACUGCAAAGGGAGCUGACUGA